UAAUCCCCAAUACCCAGCGGAACCAGUUGCAAAUCCUUUCUGCCUCCAGCUAUUAAGACCACCAAUUCACCUCUUUUGCAAGUGUAUGAACCAGUCGACUCGAUUCCGGCACUCACCCAGCAGUCAUCAGCAGACCAGUCUCAGCCACGACGCCACCUCUUGGUGCUGAGUGUUCGUCGAUGGCGUCCGAGCCCACUCCGCCUCUUUAAGGUCUCCAUCUCUCUCUCUCCCUCCCUCUUGUGUUCACUGCCAUCAGCCAGCCAUAAGGUCCGUUAAUAGGUUGCUCAUCGAGUAUGUACUGUAGUAGUUUCAGUUGUACUUGUGCUUUUACAGAGACUGUAAUAACUACUUCGAAUCAUAGUGAGUCAUUUAAAGGAAGAAGCUUUGGAAAUUUAAAGGUUUGCACAUAUGGGUUCUUGGGAAACAUGUUGACAUUGAGGAGAGAACGAAUGGGUUUACCUGGGUUAGUUAAGAAAGUACCAACAGAAGGGGAGGGACUGGCCAAGGAGAAGAAUAAAGUUAUGAUAUCUUCAGAAGAGGUUAUAAGGGUUCUUAAGUCUACAGCGGACCCAAAUUCUGCUUUUUUUUAUUUUAAGUUUGUUGCUGGGUUACCUUAUGUUGUUCACACCACUGUAACAUGCAAUUACAUGCUUGAAGUCUUGAUGAAUCAUAAGAGGGUGGAGGAUAUGGUUGCUGUUUUUGAUUUCAUGCAAAAGAAAAUCGUUUACCGAAAUUUGAACACUUAUCUUGCUAUUUUUAAAGGUCUUAACAUAAGGGGUGGAAUUCGACAAGCACCAAGUGCGCUUGAGGAGAUGAGAAAGGCUGGGUUCGUUUUAAAUGCAUAUUCAUAUAAUGGGUUGAUCUAUUUGCUUCUCCAGUCAGAGUUUUGUAGGGAGGCUUUGGAGGUUUACAACAGAAUGGUCAUUGAAGGGAUGAAGCCAGCCUUGAAGACUUAUGCAGCACUAAUGGUAGCAUUUGGUAAGUGUCGGGAUACUCAAACGGUAAUGGGUUUGUUAGAAGAGAUUGAACAUUUGGGAUUGAGGCCUGAUAUCUAUAUAUUUAACAUAUGCAUUAAAGUUCUUGGAAGGGCCGGGAAAAUUGAUGAGGCUUAUGAUAUAUUAAAGAGAAUGGACAAAGAGGGAUGUGGGCCAGAUGUUAUUACUUAUAGCGUUCUCAUUGAUGCUCUCUGUAAAGUAGGUAAACUUGAUAAUGCAAAGGCGUUGCUUGUAAAGAUGAAUAAAAUCAGCAGUCUCAAACCUGAUCGUACAACUUACACUACUUUGUUGGACAAGUUAAGUGAUUGUGGAGAAUUUGAAACUCUGAAAGAAAUUUGGGAUGAAAUGGAAGCUGCUGGUUUUGAUCAUGAUGUAGUUACGUUCACCAUUCUUAUUGAUGCUUUAUGCAAAGCAGGCAAUGUUGACAAAGCAUUUGAUACUCUGGGUGUCAUGAAGGAGAAAGGGAUCUUACCAAAUCUUUAUACUUACAACAUCUUGCUCGGGGGACUAUCAAGGUCAAGUAGAUUGGAUGAGGCUCUUAAACUUUUCAGUCAGAUGAAAUCCCUGAGUAUCAUGCCCAAUGCAGUUACAUAUAGCACACUCAUUUCCGGUUUAGUGAAAUCUAAUGGUGUGGAUGAGGCUAUCGAUUUUUACUAUGAUCAUGUUGGUCGUGAUUUUUCCCCUAUUCCUCAUACAUACGGCCCGCUCAUUAAUGGUCUUUUUAAGGCAGGAAGACAUGAAGAAGCAAUGCUUUUCUUUGAUGAGAUGGCAGAAUAUGGAUGCAAACCUAACGAUGUGACUUUCACUAUUCUUAUAAAUGGAUUUGGAAAAGCAGGAGAUGUGGAAACUGCCUGUCAGUUGUUUAAAAGAAUGGUUAAAGAAGGAAUGAGACCAGACUUAAGGACUUACACGUCUCUACUGGUACCUUUAUGCCAUUUAGGAAAAAUUGACGAUGCUCUGUAUUACUUUAAAGAACUAAAUCAGACUGGCCUUAGUCCUGAUAUAAUUUUGUAUAACCAUUUGAUUUACGCACUUGGAAGAUGUCAGAGGACAGAAGAAGCUCUGUCUCUCUACACUGAAAUGCAGGGCAGAGGAAUUUCUCCUGAUCUUUGCACAUACAACAAUCUAAUAGUCAGUCUUGGGAUUGUGGGAAUGGUUAAGCAAGCAGUGAGUAUGUAUGAAGAACUACAACGUAAGGGUCUUGAACCUAAUGUUUCCACCUACAAUGCUCUCAUUCGAGCCUACACCCUCGCAGGGAAUCCAGACCAUGCUUAUGCAGUUUAUGAGAAAAUGAUAGUUUGUGGCUGCAACCCGAAUGAAAAAACGUUGGCACUCCUUCCUAGUCAAACUUGAGUAGACAUUUCUUUGAACUGUGUUUGAGGACCAAAUGGUUGGAGGGAUGAUCAAAUGAUUAUUUGUUCAAAUGCAAUUGGAAUUCGGACAAGUUUUGUGGUGAAGUAAUCUACAAUUUGUGUUCAAUUAAUUUGUAUUGUAUAUACGAUAUUUAGAAAUAACGGGGCGAGGUAAUGACGGAACGAGAUCAAUCUUGCCUUGAGAGAGACUAUACCAACUCUUGUCCAGCAAUGUCAUUCUUUUCUUGUGUUGGAUGUGAAUACAUAUAUAGUUAAGGAGGAAAUUUCAUGUCUCUAUAAAAGGCUUUUGUAAGAUGAAAAGUUUCUUUUAGUCUCAUUCUCACUCGGUGCCUAUACUACAGGAAUGUUGUCAGCCUUUCAAGCAGAAGCUAUAAUACUGUUGGUCGCACUCAAUUGGGCUCAAAGGUUUGGACUUCAGCUGGAUGUUAUCUUUUCUGACUCCCUUUCUCUUGUUUUGGCUUCAAAUAAUAACAUAGCAUAUCAAAAUGAACUGGGGAUUAUUUUUUUAGAUAUUAAAACUUUAUUGUCUACUUUUGCGGGGCAUCUCUGUCCUCUGUCAUAUGUUGGCCGUAAGUUUAAUAAUCUGGCCCAUGGAUUGGCGAAGCAUGCUCUUAGGUUAGACGAUGAGUUUUGCUGGUUGGAAGAAAUCCCUCUCCAGUUUGUACUCAUUUUCUGUUACAUUAUGAAUAGUAAUAAACUCUAUUCCCUAAGACGAAAAAAAGGGUUCACUUUUAUUUCUUUCAUUCUCCCCAAAUUACAGUGGAUGAAAAGUAUGUUAAGGAAAUACCGGUUUUAGAGUAACAACAGAGCUAGCACAAAUGAUGAGGGCAGCGGAGGAGGAGUAUCGGAGAUGAGGAUCCAAAUGGGGAAUUACAUUGAGUUGAGAGUAUUUUGGGGAUAAAAAGGGUUUGUGGAGAAUGGGUUUGAAAGAUGAAGAAGUCAUCGCUAUGGAAAUUAGAUUUGAGAAUCGAUCGAGUAGUAGAAGAAGAAAAGAAGAGAAGAUUGAGAAGGAGAAGAACAGAGAGAUGAGAGAAGGAGAAGAAUAGAAGAGAAGAAAAGGAGUAGAUCGGGAAGGAAGGGGAAGAGAAGAGAGAGGAGAGAGGAAAGAAAAAUAAAAUAAAAUAUAUGCUUUUUUUAAUUUUUUAUUUUAAAAUUUAUUUUUCAUUAUUUAAUAAAUUCAUUAAUUUAUAAA